UGGUAGACCGAGAGACGAAAAUGGCUCUUCAUCGUUCGUCUAUGUCCAGCAGAAGGGGUUCUAAGAACGAUUCACAGAAAGACGACGAUGAACCAGACAAUAAUGGGUACAUACAGAUACUUGUGAAGCCGCUGGAACAAGGACAUUUUAAUCUUGUGCUAAAUUGGUUCGGUAUACACAAUUACUCGACCCAGCAAGUCGGAGCAGCAUAUGGAAUAGUCGUUCUUCUUGGCAGUGUGUUAUUUUACCAACUAGUGAAAUGUGAUCUUGGUUCGUAUUUUCAACGACUAUGUGGGGUGCUCGUGCCAAUGUUUACUAUAAUGUGUUGUUUUUACUGGCUGUCACUUUAUUUGAGACAAAGUUGGAACACGACAAGUAUCUAUUUUCUUUUUUCAUCUUGUUUCGUUGGAGAGACCAUUGCUCAAAUUCUCAUCAGCAGCUGGUUUGGGGGCACAGGAAGUUCUCCCCCUCAGGACAGUGGAGGGGGUGGAGAAACACCUUCCUCCAGUCCAGCCACACAGCCCCUCGUAGUUUUUAUUGUGCUGUUUUCUGUGUGCACAGCUAGUGUGUUUUCGUCUCUGGAAACUAUACACAGUGUUGUGGUCAUAACACUAGUAAGUUUCACCAGGUUUUUGGCAUGUUCAGCUUUAGGCGAAUUGCCUCAAACUCUCAGACCAUAUUUGGCUUACAUUUGUGGCCUCCUUGGAAUCAUUAUAUCGAAAUAUAUGGAAACAAUAUUAAAACCUCCAAUAAAUAAUUUCGUGACCCAUGAUGGGAAAAUAUCGGUCAUUAAGAGGCGACGAUCAAGUUCUUCAAGUGCACAUGCGUUUUCUGCUCAUAGAUCGGCAAGGCGUACGUCAUUACCAGCUCUGAUACCAAAAUCACAGUGUUCUUCAAACAGUUUUGAAGCGGCGAUCCUCGGAGAAGCCCAUGGUCUUAUCACGGACAUGCUUGCGGAUGUGUCAUUGCCACCUAAUGUGAUCAGUGGCUUGAGAACUCUGGGAAAUCUUCUCAGACCAGCGGAGAGUCAUUCGUCGUUCCACAAACCCCGAGUCAGUCCCCUGGUGUCCCUGACCGAGUCAACCAGCUACAGCUCUGACAAUGAGGAGAGUCCGUACACGGGGGAACGACCCAACAUGUUACCCAAGAAGAUGCGUAGGAGUCUGCCGCCAAGCCUGAUUCGACGCAUGUCCACCAGUACCUGGACAACCACCACCUCAGCAACAGGCAUGCCCACGCUAGAGCUGGAACCUUGUCGGAUCCGAAGUUCAAGCUUCCGACACUCUCGUGAUGGAACACCAGCCUCCAGUCCGGUGGGAAGCCGUAGUAAUAGCCCCUCCCCAAGCUCCCCAACAGUCAUUCUAACAAUUCCAAAAUCACGCUCAUUCUCUCUUGCUUCACCCUCACCUGCGGGAUCUAGCCAUUCCAAGCGAUUUUCACGUAAAAGCAUGGCUUCCUCUGUCCAGGGACUGGAAAGUUUCACUGGAAGGGGGGAUAGCUUAUCAUCAUCAUCAUCAUUAUCUUCCUCUAAACAUAUCAGUUCAUAUUCUACUAGUACUACUAAAGAAGAUUCUGACUUAUCCCCUUCUGCCAUGGAUGAGGGAGACCGAUCUAAACUGCCUCUUUUUAAAGAACAGCAGAUGACCUCUCUUCGCAGGCUAAACAUUACCUCAGAUUACGAGAGUAAUGACUCUCCCAGUAGCAGUGAUCAUAGUGACAGUGUGCUGACCUCUGAUGACCUUGUAUCAGGGUCGCCUCCCAAAAGGCCCGUGUACAACAGAGGGUCAUCCUCAUCUCAGGCAGCUUCACAGUUUAGAAGGGUGGUCCAUGAUACUCACAUAGCGGACGAGCUGGGCGUCGAUACAGCAGAGGACGCAGAUGAAGAAGACGUGGAUGACCACGAACCUGAUGAAAUCCCUUCCGUGGUUCCAGAGGUUAAAAAAGACAUUUCGCAUGUGCCGGUACUCCCCUCGCUUAUUGACGGGGAGGACCGGACGGACAGUGCUGAGUGUGCGUGUAAUGAACAUCUUCCAUAUGAUGUGAAUACGAUUGACCAGUGUGAACUCUUACACAUACAUAAAUUGAACGAGUGGGACUAUCCUAUAUUUGAUUUAUCGGAUAAAUACCAUGAUACAAUCCUCAGUCGGAUGAUAUAUAAAUUAUUCAUGGAUGUGGGUUUGUUCGAGACAUUCCGAAUACCUGUAGCACCAUUCUUACACUUCUUCCAUGAGUUGGAAAUUGGCUAUAGAGAAAAACCAUAUCAUAAUCGUAUACACGCGUCGGAUGUUCUACACGGUGUGUACUACCUAUCCACACAACCCAUCCCGGGCUUCACACAACUACAUACCACUGACAUGUUUUCACGAAACGGCUCCUCUAGUGAAUCAGAGUCGGACUGUGUAGAGAAAAUGAUACACAAGGCAGGAAGUUUCAUGGCUGAGGACAGCUAUGGCAUUAUGGGAGGAAACUUCCCUGCCUUGGAACUAAUGGCAUUAUAUACAGCUGCUGCCAUGCACGAUUAUAACCAUCCGGGUCGCACGAAUGCUUUCCUCGUGGCCACACACGCUAAACAGGCCAUCCUGUACAAUGAUCGGUCUGUAUUAGAGAACUACCAUGCUGCUGCGGCGUGGCAGUUAUUACUGUCCAAGCAACACAACAACUAUUUAUCCGGCCUUGACCAAGCCGAAUUCAAAAGAUUCCGCUUCCUUGUCAUAGAGCUCAUACUCGCCACAGAUCUCAAGCGCCACUUCGAAAUCCUUGCCGAAUUCAAUGCAAAAUUGCAUAUUUCUGGUUGCGGUGGACAGUGUCUGACACGUGUGAAUGACGAGGAGUCGUCCACAGGAAUUGACUGGUCAGUAGAAACAGAACGCCUGUUGGUCAUGCAGAUGGUCAUCAAGCUGGCUGACAUCAAUGGACCGGCUAAAACCAAACAUCUACAUAGACAGUGGACAUAUCGUAUUGCGGAGGAGUUCUACGAACAGGGAGAUGAGGAGGUGAACCUUGGAAUGCCAAUAUCCCCUUACAUGGACAGAAAGAUGCCACAGCUUGCCAAGCUUCAACAGACCUUCAUCAAUCACCUGGUAGCACCACUGUGUAAUGCCAUGGUAACCGGUGGCCUCCUUCCUGGCACUUGGGUGGAGGACGAAGACAGUGACGCAGAGACUUCAGAACAGUCCGAUACAGAUAAAGCAGACAGUACAUGUAAAGACACGGAGGAUGAGAAUGAGACUGACCAGGACACUGGAUCACCUGUGCUGCUUAAGUUUGACAAGAAGCCGCGGAAGGUGAACUGUCUGCUGACGAAGAACAUGAAGGAGAAUUAUGAGUACUGGAUAGGGGUAAUGAAACAAGAGGAACAACAGAAGAUGAACAGUGAGACUACUACAGAGACUGUACAGCAGCAAGAUAAUGGAAGUGAAAUGGAACCCAUCAAGGAAGAAACAGAGUCUGCAGCAUCAGCUAACAGCUCCCCAGGUGCCCCAGGAACGCCCUCAAAAGAGCCAGCCGCCCAGCCUGAGAAUACUGACAAUGCUUCGGAGGAAAAGUGAUUUUGACAGACAGAUGAAUUCAAAAUUCAUGUGGUCCUGAUAGUUUUGUAUGGUUACAGUGUGCACUUGGAUCUGACAAAUCUGAAAACUAGCUGUGUUUUGAAUGUGUAACUUGGCUACGAGACUCAACAGGACCCGAGAGUGCUUCAUGGCUUUAAAAAUCACAAGGACCUGAGAAUGGUACCGGGUUACAAAAUCCACUAGGCCGAGAGAGUGCUAGUACAUGGCUACUAAACUCACUUGGGCUAUAAAGUGUUACAUUGCUACAAACUCCUUGUUAUAUGGCUACAAGGCUCAUUGGGACCGAGACUUUACAUAGCUACAAAGCUCUGAUCACCUGGACUAGAAGAGAUGGCAGUAUUGAGGUAAUGCAUAGGUACUCACUGGCUGUCUGCUCCUUCUCAUGUACUAGUUGUGUCAUCUAUACCACUCCUCUCAACAUUCAUAACUGGUAGGGGAGACAACUGUGCUACUCUCAACACUCAUAACUGGUAGGGGAGACAACUGUGUUGCUCUCAACACUCAUAACUGGUAGGGGAGACAACUGUGCUACUCUCAACACUCAUAACUGGUAGGGGAGACAACUGCUACUCUCCACACUCAUAACUGGUAGGGGAGACAACUGUGCUGCUGUCAACACUAAUAACUGGUAGGGGAGACAACUGCUACUCUCAACACUCAUAACUGGUAGGGGAGACAACUGUGCUUCUCUCAACACUCAUAACUGUGCUAGAAAUCUUUUGUUAAAAACAGAUCUUGUAAUGUCUGUUACUAUCAAGGAAGAUUUUCCCUUCCCAUGAUAUACCCACCUAAAUCACAAAGGAAAAAGAAGCUGCUUAUUUUUCUCCAAGGUAAUUGCCAACGAGUCUCAUUUUGUCAACAAAAUGGCUGGACCUCUGUUGUCAAAGAAGUUGGGCAGAGCUUGGUUUCUUGAUGCUUUUCUUUUGAGACAGCAUUGGACAAGGAUGUGACAACACAUGUCUGGAAUGUUUGGAUAAAGACUGCUUUUGCCUACAGUAAUCUUUUGCAGGUCAUUGUGGAAUUAAUUUUCGGAGGUGUUUCCACAGUUCCAACAACAUUAAUUAAAAAAUCAGCACACCCUGGAUAAUCCAACUCAAGCUGUCUAAUAGGAAGAUAUAAUGCAUGUAGGAGAGACAACUCAAGUGGUAUCUAACACUUGUAGGGAGAGACUACUUUGAAAAAAUGUGAGCCAACCCUGUAUAUAACCCAGUAAUGUGUUAAUAAUGACUUUACAGCCAAAUUUUACAACGGUUCCGGUGGAUGCGUUAAUAACUGAUAUCAGGUCCGCGACAGAUCUGGUGGAUGUGUUAAUAACUGAUAUCAGGUCCGCGACAGAUCUGGUGGAUGUGUUAAUAACUGAUAUCAGGUCCGCGACAGAUCUGGUGGAUGUGUUAAUAACUGAUAUCAGGUCCGCGACAGAUCUGGUGGAUGUGUUAAUAACUGAUAUCAGGUCCGCGACAGAUCUGGUGGAUGUGUUAAUAACUGAUAUCAGGUCCGCGACAGAUCUGGUGGAUGUGUUAAUAACUGAUAUCAGGUCCGCGACAGAUCUGGCGGAUGUGUUAAUAACUUAUAUCAGGUCCGCGACAGAUCUGGUGGAUGUGUUAAUAAUUGAUAUCAGGUCCGCGACAGAUCUGGUGGAUGUGUUUAUAACUGAUAUCAGGUCCGCCACAGAUCUGGUGGAUGUGAUAAUAACUUAUAUCAGGUCCGCGACAGAUCUGGUGGAUGUGUUAAUAACUUAUAUCAGGUCCAAGACAGAUCUGGUGGAUUUGUUGUACAGCGAUAAACAGUUGCCUAUAGCUACUCAAUAUAGAAGUAAAACAUAUCUUAGUAAAUGUGAUUUGAGAAAUCCAAACCCGUAGAUAUUGUGACUGAUUGAAAUCAAUUACAGGGAUAUUUUGUUGUACCGGGAUGAAGGCGUUGCUACAUAUAUAUGUUGAUCAACGAUGCUUUUUACCCUCAAUUAUUGUUUUUAAUGGAUAAUUGAUUUUUAGUAAUUUAAUUUUUCCUCUGAUAUGUUGUUGUUUUCAUUUCAUAUGCUAAUUGACAUUAUUAUUAUUAUUGCUGUUUUUUAAUCAGGAAGUGGACAAAAUUUGAUGAUAAAGUGAAUGUCUUUUUAACAUGUUUAAAAUACUGACAUUGCAUUGCCUGAAAUAUACAUAAUGUAUAUGCGAAAGUGUAAAUUUCCCUUCAAAUUUCUUUCAUUUUAUUCUCAAUUCCCGGUAUUAUUUUCUCGUUUACUCAAUAUACGUCACUGUUUAAUAUACAUGUAUACUAUGGAACAUUUGUUCCUAAUUUUAUGAAAAUAUUCAUUUAAUUUAUUGAAACAUUGUAUAUUGAUUGAAAACAUGUGAAAAUAUCACGAAGAAUGUUAUCUCCUCUCCAUAUGUAUUCUGCUUUUUGUUUUUGUUAUGAAUAUUUUUCAAAGUUAAACACAUUAGUAUAAUUUUACGGCUUAUGUGAUACUUCUCAGUGUACAAAAAGUUUAAUACAUACAUGUAUAUAUAUAUAUUUAUAUUGAAAAUUGUCUGCCAUUUUGAACUUCUAACAAUUUUGAAUUUGCAGUGACUCCAGAAUACAAGGAAAACAACUUUGAUAACACAGCAAGUGAUUGAAUUUUCUCCCUGAUCAGUAUGAUAAGUGUAUUUAAUUUAGUACUUAACAUAUCUAAAACAUCAGUUUAUGGCUGUAGAAGUUUUAUUACUUAAAUUAUAAGAAGUUGUUGUGUUUGUCCAGUAAUUUAUUACAGGCAUACUGGGUGUGAUAUUUCCCCCUCUUAUGAAUACGAGAUUACCGGUACAUACUUUUUUCCUUCCUUAUCUUGGUUUCUUCCAUUCACUUCCCAAUGUUACAACAGUAUUUCUGCAAAGUAAGUUAGACUUCAGGCUAUUUUCAAUUCAACUUGUUUCUGAUAUUAUACGCCAAUUUUGUUUUUAUGUUUAUAUGUUUGAUACUCUGAAGUUCCACUGAGUCGAUCUUUUUAUGUUCGACUUUGCGAGAAAAUUUAUAAUACUCUUUUCUUGUACUAGAUUACUAUUGAGUUUAUACUGCUGAACAUGUUCAAAUAUAUCUUGCACGGCUCCUUUCAUUACCCCAUGUGAUCAUUAUGUUUGGUUUUCUCAGAGAACUAAAGUUACAAUAAAUUGUGACGUUGAACUUAAUACUUCAUGGUAAACAGACAGUUCUGUACGUAUCAGAGAAAAAUCAUGUUAUAAUGCUUGGAAACUUUUUUUUUCUUUUCAUUUUUUUCUCUCCAUUUUAUGUCAGAAAAAGCCCCUGUAAAAACCCUCAUGUUUAUUAUAAUUGAUAUCCAGUUCUGUGAGUUAAUUUUCAAAUAUGAUCUACUUGCGGAUCCUUACAUAUUAUAUUUAAUCUUACGCCCUAUAAAUGUCCCGUGUAACUUUGUGUAAGUGGUUGUGUUGUGAAGUCAUGUUAGCGAUCUGAAAUCUUCACUUUACUGUUGAAACUUCAAUAUCUGGUAUAUUCAAUACAACAAAGUAAAAACAAAUCAAGUGGUUGCAUUUAUGAAUAGCUGUCAGGUCCUGUCAGCAAAUCUAGGUCUCUUGGGGUCCCGUCAAAAAAACAUACCGAGUGUUUGUGAAAAUAUAAAAUGCUUAAUCUGUAUAAUUAAUUUGAAUUAGUAAAAUGAACAGCAAGUAUGAGGAGAAGUUAAGGUUAAGUAUAAGGUUUGGUGAUGGUAAGGUUUUAAAAAAAUAUUCAUUGUUUAAAAGUGAAUAGAUUCUAGCUGUUGAUGGCAAAACUAGCAAGACAUUUUGAAGUGGAUAUCAUUGUAGACAUACUCAACUUUCACAGGAACGUUUAAAUCAAACUCAACCGAAAUUGGCUUUGUGUUUUUAUGGGGCAUUAUCAGACUUUGGCUUAGCUGACAGUUUCUUUGUAUAAGCCACUGAACAUGUAGACCUCUUCCAGUUAUAUUGUUGUCAAAUGUAUCUUCCAGUUAUAUUGUUGUCAAAUGUAGAGUUGUCGUACCAAAGCUACUUGCCAAAAAAUAGUUUAAACUGCUUUUAAUGAUUAUAUUAGAAUGUGGUGCAAGAGAGUUGCCAAAUUACUGCUGGUCUUGUAAUUUACCUAAAAUAUCCUAUUGUCUACAUCCUUGUGCUUUCUCAAUUUCUUUAGUGACAAUGUUUAAUUGGUUUCUUUGAUUCAAUCAUUUUAACUUGUUAAGUGUUACAGUCCGAUUGUUUGUAUGAUGUGAACUGAUGCUGUGGUGCACUGUUGGUCCAUCUCAUUUUACCUCUGUUCAGUAAUUGCUUGAGCGUGUUUAAUCAACUUUUCAAUUUUCCGAUGUGGGAUUAUAAAAGAACCCAAGGUUUACAGUUAAACCUUGUUAUACUGUUGUUACAUGUUCUACAGAAUUUCAAUGUUUUUAACAUGUUUUGCUAUACAUUGAGUUGACUUGAGGAACUUUUGAGAAAAUUAAGGAACUUGAAAAUUGACAGUCCGUUGGGUAGGACAGAAAAGUAAGGAGGAUUAAAGCUGGUAUAUUAACUUUCAACUGCCAGAAUUUGACUAAACAAUUUGAGGGCCAAUUUGAAAUCCAUUAUGGCCUCACUUGCCAAAGAAAUAUUCAAAAUCAAUGUGUAUAAAAGCUUGCCUUAUAGUACCAAUACCUUUUUGAUGAAUGGAUUUAAAAGUCAGUUGUUAUGAAGAAGGAUGCUGUUAGCCUCUGUCGUUAUCAGAGCUGCUAGUAGCCCCUGGCUUAGUAUGUUAUUGCUAUAGAUAGAUUCUAUUGUCAUCAUCAUCAUUGUCUAAAGCUUCCAUCAUGAGCACACGCACAUAUAUAGCUGCUCAAAUCUCUCAUUGUCGUAGAAAGCUGCUAUCUCCUCAGAUUCGUUAACUUUUCUCAGAUUCUUCUGGUUAGCUAACCAAUAAAGGAAGCAGUACAGUAAUAAACAUAUGUAAAGGUGAGCGAUCGAAACUUCCCGUAGAUACAGGCCCCAACGGCCUCUUCUUCUAUAAAUCUUCUACAAACAAUAGAUCUGUUACCACUAUAAAUGGAUAUAACUUUCUACUUCUCACUGUUUGAUACUUUUUUUUAUUUUUUUUAGCAGCAAGGGUAUUAAAACAGUCUGAUGCAAAAUUAAAAUUUUGAAAAAUGUAUCAAGACAUCUUGCCUAAGGAAUAAGGUUAUUAGUGUGUAAGUCUGAAUUCUUUGUAAACAUGUGUUAUCUCAAUUAUCCACUCUAAGCUUAUCGUUAUCGUGGUCUAUUUGAUGACUUAUUCUCUUACUUAUUCAAGUUUUCUUGUGCAUAAUAUCACUGUUUGUUUCAUAGGGUACAUCAAUUUGGAAGACAAAUCUGGAAAACUGGUGGCGUUUUAUGAAUAUACAUUUAAAAAAUUUGUUGUGUAUGUAUUUAAGAAAUGUCUAUAUUAUAUUGAUGAUGUAUAUUUAUAUUGUUUGUAUAUAUAAGGAAUCUCCUGUUUCAGAACAGAAAGCUGAAGAUGUAAAUAUCUGAGAAAGUGUUGUAAACAGCCCCAAUGUUGUGUAUCCAAUGUUAAUUUACAUAUAUCAGGAUCAAACUAUUCCCCCCCCCCCAAUCAGAUUUAUAUCAAAAUAUAUUUUACAGAGCUGCAUUUUCCCACAAAAACAGAAUCUAUGAUUGAAAUAAGGAAUUGUACACCAUAGGGCACAACUAUCUGCAGAUUUUUUUUUAUCUGAAUGAUAGCUAUUGGCGUGGCAUUUUAGUCCUAGGAAAGGCUUGGUCAACUGUGCAAUUACUUCAUAGAAAAUCCCUGUCAGAUCGAGUUGUUUAGUAUAACAAAACCUACGCAACCCAAGUAAUCUUCAAUGUUUAAUUUUCUUGGAGAAGGUGCAGUUUUGUUUUGAAAAUGCAUUUAAUCAAGUGUUUUAUUGUCAGCAACAAAGCAAUAAUUCUAGAUUAAUUCAAAUUUAUCGUGAUUACCUCCCUUUGUAUAUACUUUAUUCAAUAUUUGUUAAAGAUAUUCGGUAUAGUUUGGGUUCACACACUAUACGUGGUAGAAUAUGUGGUAGAAUAUGUGGCUGAAUGGCGGGUAUAAUUGUACUGAUUACAAAUAGACAUGUACUAAAUUCUCAAAUUACUAUUUGACUAAAAAGACAGAUCGUGGAAGUAUUACAAAUCUUCACUCUUCAAAUAUAUUUUACUUGUACUUUACAUGUAUGUGAAGUCCCAGUAGUUGAAAAAAACAUUGAUUUAAUUGUAAAACUUCAGAUGAUUUGAGUCCAUAAUUGUAUUAAAUGAUUGUAAGCCAAAGAAAUAACUUUGCCAAUGUAUUUGAUAAGCUUACCAUGACAUCUCUGUUGUAAUUACUAUGGAGGUAGCUGUAUGGAGGCAUUUCAUGUCUGUCUGUGCAUCCUGUCCUCACACAGUUGAAGUUUCUGUCAUAGCAAUGUAUGGAACAUCAUUCCACUAACUACAAUUGUUCAUAAAGAUGAGAUUGAAGCUCAAGGCUUCUGAGGUUAAAGGUCAAGGUCAAACGUUACUAAAUGAAUAUAGAUGCAACUUUGAGGAGGUUUCUGUAAAACCUCAAUUUCUAUCAGAGCAAUGAAUGGAAUAUCAUUAACUUGCUGAAGUCAUUCACCAAGACAUAACCAAGAAGCAUCAAUGCUUUACAGGCUAAAGGUCAAAAGGUCAGGGUAUUAAGAGAACUGCUUUUGCAACAUCAGUAUAAAGAGAACUGCUUUUGCAACAUCAGUAUAAAGAGAACUGCUUUUGCAACAUCAGUAUAAAUGUUUCCAGGUUGCUGUCACUGACUUUUUUAUCCUGUUAUAAGCGAAUUAUUGUUCUUGUACAUGUAUCAUUGCUUAAUUGGUUCGUGACAUUUUCAAAAAAAUCAGAGGAAAGGUGAAAGAAAUCCUAAGAUUAAGCAUAUAGACUUGCCAUAAGAUGGUUUAUUUUACAUUCAAAUAAAUUUCGUUAAAAACCAAAGAAAAACUUAAUUUGAUUAACCUGUAUUUUAAGUCCUUUCCAAAGUUAUUUACAAACAUAAGAUAUAUUCUGUCAUAACAAGCCAAAUAAACAGACAAAUGUAGGAUUAUAGUCGUUACCUCACUUUUUGGUUGCAUUGCAACACAAUCAUGGCUUACUUUUUGCCGUUUUUAUCACGAAAUUCUCUUGUUACUUCAUGUUCAUCCUACCUGGUAUGUUUAAUGUCUUGCAGGAAAUAAUUAUUUGUAUAUGCAAAGAAAAUUAAACAUGCAACUUUUAAGUUUUAGGCUAUUUUAUGGAUAUUUGCUACAAUAUUUUUACUGAAAUUAUUAGUCUUUUCUCAGGAAUGACAUCAUGAAAUAUCAAAAUGAUGAGUUCACUUUACUUGGGAUCAGCUUUAACAAUUUAAACAGUGUUUUGUUUUAUUAAGAUAUUUUCCUAGAGUACAAGAAGUUACUGAAAACUUGGGCAAUUACAUUGUUUUU